AUGGACAACAGGGUUCAAGGUGGUAAAGCGUUUGGCCAGCUCAAGUCUCACCAAGAAGAAAAACUGAAUGCCAUCAAUGAGGCUUUUCUGUCCGAUGAGCAGUAUGCAGAAGUGGAGGACCUGGCCUCAAAGCUUGACAUGUUUAAACAGAAAUACAUGGAGUUUGAUCUUAACGACAAGGGUGAUAUAGACAUGAUGGGCUUAAAGCGAAUGCUGGAGAAACUGGGAUUGGCUAAAACUCACUUGGAGUUGAAAAAGAUGAUGUCGGAAGUGGUUGGAGGAACGUCCAAAGAAACCAUCAGUUAUGCUGAUUUCCUAGAUAUGAUGCUAGGAAAAAGACAUGCCAUUUUGAAAUUGAUUUUGAUGUUCGAAGGCAAGAGCAAAGAGGAGAAGAGGCCCGAAGGACCAGCUCCCCCCAAAACCUUCUCACAAUUACCUUGA